UGAAGAGUAUGAUGUCACUCUUCCCUGGUGUGAUGAAUACUUCCUCAGAUAAUCUGUGUGAAGAGUAUGAUGUCACUCUUCCCUGGUGUGAUGAAUACUUCCUCAGAUAAUCUGUGUGAAGAGUAUGAUGUCACUCUUGCCUUGUGUGUUGAAGGAGUUCCUCAGGUCAUCUGUGAAGAGUUUGAUGUCUUGGUUCUGAAGGGGCUGCCAAGCUCAGUCAGCUGCUGACUGUGGGGCCGAUUACCUGGACCAAAGCACUGCAGGGGCAGGAAAAGACAUUCAGUAAAGCAGGUGCAUCAGCAAGGAGGCUGAGUGACAGCAUCCCUGAGGGUCAGGAGGAGGGACAGGAAGUCAGUUUGGAAGAUCAGGAUCUGUUAUCUCAGGACCAACCAUAGCAUAGAGAGAAAGAGAAGCUCAGCAUCUCCCAAGCACGGGCCUCUUCCAGGAGGUAGGUGACAAUGUCAGUGACUAGGCUGGAAACCAGACAUGGCAAAGUACACUGGGUGUAAGAGGCUAUGAUUAAAAGGGACAGAAAGUAGGGAGACUCUUCCCAAAAUGACUAGGAACUCAGGGCCAGGCAGAGCCAGUUUCCCCUCUAGGUUAAUCCUGGGGUCAUCAAGAGAUAAACAAAUAUGGGUUCUCUUCCCUUUCACUUUUCAGCUCCUGACCUUUGGUUUAAGGUUGUCCAGGAGUCAGCCAAUGAAGUUCCAGGCCAGAUCUGUGCCCUAGAGGUUAAGCAUGCUCUGGCAGGUUCUCCUGGACAUAAUCAGAAGUAGAGGCCAUCCUGGACACUUGGAUGUGUGGUGUUAGGUGAGAGGACAGAGAGAGGAAUUGUUCAAGCUCGUACCUGGAAACACAGGCGUUUUCAAUGUCUGGACCCUUAAGAGGAAACAGAAGAUCUCAGAACUGCACAUCUUUCCACAGUGUGGCACCUCAGGUCCCAAAGGGCUCAGGAAGCUGUGCAAGAAGGUCUGGACGUCCCUGGUGAUCACUGAUACUUGAGAGGCAGAAGUCUCCUCAUGGCUCCUUAUCACAUCAGACAGUUCCAGGACAGGGACCACAGAAGAGUCCUGGACUUGUUCUCCAGAGGCAUGGAGGAGCAUGUCCCUGCUGCCUUCUACCAUGUGCUGACACUGCCUCAUUCUCUCCUGCUCUUUCCUGGGGUGCCCGUGACCAUAAUCCUAGUGUCUGGUUCUUGGCUCCUGGCCACAGUGUACAGUUUCCUCUUUCUCCUUUGCCUGCGGCUCAUUUUCUGGGUUUCAUGCAGAAAUUAUGUGGCUAAAUGUUUGCAGGCCGACUUGGCUGACAUCACCAAGUCUUACCUGAAUGCACAUGGCUCCUUCUGGGUGGCUGAGUCUGGGGGGCAGGUGGUGGGCAUAGUGGCUGCUCUGCCAGUCAAGGAGCCUCCAUCAGGGAGGAAGCAGUUGCAGCUCUUCCGCCUGUCUGUGUCCUCACAGCAUCGAGGACAGGGGAUAGCGAAAGCACUGGUCAGAAUUGUGCUCCAGUUUGCACGGGACCAGGGCUACACGGAUGUUGUCCUUGUGACUGGCAAUAUGCAGUAUAGCGCUAUGUCUCUGUACCAGGGCAUGGGCUUCCAGAAGACAGGCCAUUACUUCGUCAGCAUAGCCAAGAGGUUAAUUGGUCUUUCUAUCUUUCAUUUCACCUACUCUCUCCCUUCUGUUUGGGAACCAAGAAUGUGAUCUUUUUUCCUUUGUCUGCAGGGCUCCAGUUCACUCUGCUUUAGGAACAAGCCAACCCUGGCAGUUCAUUUACCAAGACCAAGGCUCCCUUUCGAUCCCUUUCAGAUGCAGCAGAACUGGUGGUGACCUCUGGGUGUUGGCCUCCUGCUCCAUGCUGCCUUUUUAAGGGUCUCUGUUUCAUCUUUCUAGUGCUGGGAUAAGAGAGCACGAAACCCAGCCGAGUGGACCCUGCACACAUUCACUAGGAGUCUGUUAGCUAUCCGCAACCUUGGUGAGCUGAAGUUCCAGCUCAGACAGGAUUCAGGAUCUUUGCAGACAAGAUAAGUGAACUCAAAACAAAGGCUUUCCUCACACACACUGAACGUGUGGACUAUUGAAAAUUCUAAGACUCGUGUAGAAAUGGAGUCUUCACAGUAGAGGUGCACCACAGUCAUAGGUCAGGGCGGGCGCCCCGCGAGAGCUAGAGCAAGGAAGUGUGUAACUUACUCCUAAGUCACCCUUGUGCAGAGGCAGGAAAGGGACCUCUGAUGCAGUGGGAAUAGCUUUGAACAGCCUCUCCUGGGUGCUUAUUUGGUCCCAGUCUCAUGGGAAAGCCCAACUAUAUGGUUACAGAGCAUGAAACCUUCUUGGGGAUCCAGGAAGAUGAUAUGGGGUCAGGAAUUCUCAUGAAUAUUGCCCUGGAGAAAAACCCCAGGACCAAUUGGCACUUGCUUGGGUGGGAGAGCAGUAGGCAUCCAGUGCUCCUGGUUAUCCUCUGUAAAAAGUUAAAAUGGCCGUUCAGGAGUUAGAACAGCACUGUAGAGUGGAGAAAAGUCUCAGAACUAAUGAGGGGGUUGGGUGGAUAAUAUGAUCUUGUGUGUAGUCUCCUGUAUCUGUUUGGUCUGAACUGAAGCAUCUUCGUGUUGAGGGAUGACUGAGGAUCAGCAGACCCAGGGGAGGGUCCCUCUCUAAAGUCACCCAGGCAGAGAGAAGUCUCUUAGGAACCCCAGUGUUGUAGAUUGUGUGAGACAUUACCUCUGCAAUGGUAAUACUGCCUGCACGACCCAUGCCCCCAUCAGUAAUCCCUCAUCUGAGUCCCUGUAGCUCCAAUAAAAUGUUUCAUCCACCUUGA